CUUAAAGGUUCGAUUUUGCUAAGCGGAUUCGAUGGAGGAACCCGUGAAACGAUGUGGAGGGUUCUCAGAGGAUGAUUUGAUAAGCAGAUUACCCGACGCUUUGAUAUCUCAGAUACUCUUGUAUCUUCCGACAAAAGAAGCGGUUAGGACUAGCGUUUUGUCUAGUAGGUGGGAAAGUGUCUGGCUUUUGAUCCCUGUGUUGGAAUUGAAAUCUAGUGAGUUCCCAAGUAGCAAUGCCUUUGUGGGUUUUAUGGAAAAGUUCGUAGCUUUAGCUAAGGUUGAGAAUUCAUGUUUGCACAAGGUUAAGCUAAGUAUUCGAAAGGAUGAUGAGAGUGAAAACAACAUGUCUUGUGUCAGGCGUUGGGUUGAUUUUGUUGCUACGAAUAAACUUAAGCAUCUUGAUGUUGAGUGUGUACUUGUGAAGCGUGAGUGUUUGGAAGUGAUGCCAUUAAGCCUGUAUUUUAGUCAGAAGCUUGUUUACUUAAGACUCCAUUGUGUAUCCUUGGUUGGUUUUGAGUCUGUUUCAAUACCCUGUCUCAAGACUAUGCAUUUAGAGAAAAAUGUUUAUGCCAAUGAGAAGUGUCUAGAGUCGCUUAUCUCAUCUUGCCCUGUUCUUGAAGAUUUGAGCAUUGUUAGGAAGGUAGAUGAUAAUGUUGAUGUUUUAAGAGUGGUUUCUAAGACACUAACAAGUGUAAGAGUAGCCUUUGAUUUUGGUAAGCAUAAAAUUGAGCUUUAUGGGUUUGAUAGAUUGAACUCGGGAGUUUCGAUUGAUGCACCUAGACUCAAGCAUUUGACAUUUAGAAAAGAACCAUCGGCGAGUAAAGUCGUAACCAUUUCUGGUUCCUUAGCCAAAGUCGAAAUCACUGGCUACUUUGAUAUUCAACUUGAUGAUGAAGUUGGCUUACCAGUGAACCAAAUGGCAUGUAACUUCUUCACUGGUAUCUUGAGAGUUAGAGAUAUGAAAAUCUCUCACAGUGCUCUAGAGCGCAUCACUUCCUACUUCCAAACACAAGAAUCAGCACCGCGGUUUUGCAACCUCUCCUAUUUGGAAGCACAAUUCUUUUUCUCCAGCGCGAAAAUCCUGUCAACGAUUCUUGAAAGCUGUCCGAAUCUAAAAUCCUUUGUCAUGAAUAUCGAUUAUAGUACGCUGAUAGCUCCAAUAAGUUUCGCCUCGGUGCCUCAUUGUUUGCUGUCAUCACUAGAGUUUGUAAAGAUAAUACGCAUUUACAAUGGAGAGCCUGUUAACAUUGAAGUUCCAAAGUACUUUUUAGAGAACGCGGUCAUUCUCAAGAAACUGGUGGUGCACUUGAGCUGUACCGUGCGACAUCGGAAUAGUCCCAUCGACUUGGAUGAUCUCCUUGCAUUGCCUAAGCGAUCUAGCAUGUGUCAAAUUGUACCUGUUGUUGACCGCUAAAAAGACUUCUUUGUGGCUCUAUGUUCAGAGACCUUUACUAGCAUUAUAAGAGGUUGAAACUACAGUUCUUUGAUCUUAUGAGCUUUUGGAAUAUGUAUUUUAAGUAUAUUUUGAACAUAUGAGUAUAUUUGAGCCUGCAACAAUUUUUAU